AUGACUAUCCACUUCAUCAGCGGCGAAGAGUCCGCCCUUUUCCAGCCCUUGACUAUUUCCAAUGGCGCCCUCACUCUUCGCCACCGUAUCAUCCAUGCGCCGCUGACCCGUAACCGCGGGGUGCCCGCGAACCCUAUCAGCACCCCCGACCAGCCUAAUCGCAUCUGGGUGCCAGGCGAUCUCAUCGCUGAAUACUACGGCCAGCGUACCACCGACGGCGGCCUGCUCAUCUCAGAGGGCAUUCCCCCUUCUCUCGAGAGCAACGGCAUGCCCGGUGUCCCCGGUCUCUUCACGCCCGAGCAGGCCAAUGGCUGGAAGAAGGUGGUUGAGGCUGUUCACGCCAAAGGAGGCUACAUCUUCUGUCAGCUGUGGCACGCCGGCCGUGCCACGAUUCCCCAAAUGACCGGAUCGCCCGCAGUGUGCCCCUCGGCUAGUGUGUGGGACUCGCCAACGGAAUGCUUUUCCCAUCCCCCUGUCGGCUCCACCGAGCCCGUCCGAUACGCGAGCCACCCACCCAUCGAGAUGUCCGUGCCACACAUUAAGCAGACGAUCCAGGACUAUUGCACCGCCGCCAAGACUGCCAUGGACAUUGGUUUUGAUGGCGUCGAGAUCCACGCUGGCAAUGGCUACUUGCCCGAGCAGUUCCUCAGCUCCAAUGUCAACAAGCGGACUGAUGACUAUGGUGGCUCGCCGGAGAAGCGCUGCACCUUCGUCUUUGAGUUGAUGGCCGAGGUUGCGAAGACGAUUGGCGAGCAUAACCUGGCUAUUCGUCUCUCGCCGUUCGGUUUGUUCAAUCAAGCCCGUGGCGAACAGCGUCUGGAAACCUGGACCCAUCUGUGUGAGGGUCUAAAGAAGGCUCACCCCGCUCUUUCUUAUGUGAGCUUCAUCGAGCCGCGCUACGAGCAAAUCUUCAGCGAGGAUGAGAAGGACUCCUUCCUCCAGAGCUGGGGCUUGAAGGAUGUGACCCUAGACCGCUUCCGGGAGAUCUUCGGCUCAACUCCGUUCUUCUCCGCCGGAGGAUUCGACGAUAAGAACUCCUGGGGCAUCGUGGAGUCAGGCAAGUACGACGGCCUUCUGUUCGGUCGCUACUUCAUCAGUAACCCCGACCUGGUGCAUCGUCUCGCCAAGGGCCUGCCCCUGGCGCCCUACGAUCGCACUCGCUUCUACGGACCGUUUGAGGAUAAUGCCUUCCACUACACCGACUACCCGGCUGCUGGCAAGCAUUAA